GUCACAAGGGCUGGAGCUCUGAAGGGCCCAGGCCCCCUGAGCCAGGAGUAGAGAGGAAGUCCAAGGAAAGAUGGCUGGCAGUCACCCCUACUUCAACCUGCCUGACUUCACUCAGCCAUCGCCGCCCUCCACUCCGCCCAGCCUCCCCUCGCACCAGCGCUGCCGGCCUUCCGAUGCCACCAAGGGCCUGCUCGUGGCCCUGCUGGGUGGGGGCCUGCCGGCUGGCUUUGUGGGCCCCUUCUCCCGUAUGGCUUACCAGUCUUCCCACUUACCCUCGCUGGAGCUGCUCCUCUGUCGGUGUCUCUUCCACCUUCCCAUUGCCCUACUACUGAAGCUGCGUGGUGACCCACUGUUGGGACCUCCCGAUGUCCGGGGCCGGGCCUGCCUCCAUGCCCUGCUCAAUGUCCUCAGCAUCGGAUGCGCCUACAGUGCAGUUCAGGUGGUGCCUGCCGGCAACGCGGCCACGGUCCGCAAAGGUUCUUCCACCGUCUGCUCUGCUCUCCUUGCCCUCUGCCUCGAGAGUCAGGGGCUCAGCGGCUACGACUGGUGUGGUCUGUUGGGCAGCACCCUGGGACUAAUCAUCAUUGUGGGACCUGGACUAGGGACACUGCAGGAGGGGACCACGGGCCUCUACACUGCCCUGGGCUAUGUGCUCGCGUUCCUGGGCGGCCUGGCACUGUCGCUGGGGCUCCUGGUCUAUCGCUCCCUGGACUUCCCCUCUUGCCUACCGACAGUGGCCUUCCUGUUUGGCUUGGUGGGGCUGGUGGGCUCUGUGCCAGGCCUCUUUGUACUGCAGACCCCUGUGCUUCCCAAUGAUCCUCUGAGUUGGAGCUGUGUGGGGGCCGUGGGGAUCCUCGCCCUGGUCUCCUUUGUGUGUGUGAGCUAUGCAGUCACGAAGGCCCACCCCGCCCUGGUGUGCGCCGUCCUGCACUCCGAGGUGGUGGUGGCCCUGAUGCUGCAGUAUUACGUGCUCUAUGAGACCGUGGCGCCUUCCGACAUCAUGGGGGCAGGGGUGGUGUUGGGCAGCAUCGCCAUCAUCACGGCCCAGAACCUCAGCUGUGAGAGGGAAGGGCAGGUGGUGGAGUGAGAUCGAACUGGAGAGCCUGGGGGUUGGGGGGGCAGGGGCACAUAGAAGCACUAGGAGAGACUGGAAUACAAACGUGGGAGAAGUGACCGGAAAAGAGCUGAUACGGGAGAGGGACACCCCUUGGAGUCAGGGAUGGAGAGGGUCUCUGCCUAGAAGACCUGGAACAAGCGUGGGGACUGAGACGAGAGGAGUCUAGGCUGGGGCUUGGGGAUCAGGGCAUAACUACGGGGUAAGUAAGGUCUGAGGAGCAAACCAAAGGGGCUGAGAGGCAGGCGGGCCAUGAGCCAUGGG